CACAGUCAAUAUAAAGCAUCAGCUUUACACUCAAGGUCCUUGAGGCACUUCUCCAGCAAGAUGCAUCUGACUCAUUCUCUGCUCAUUGUGCUCCUCGGCCUCCCAGCCUUGCUGGGUUAUCGAGCUGUGUGGCAGUUCAGGUCCAUGAUCCUGUGCACCGUACCUGAUAGCUGGCCUGCGCUGGACUAUGCUGACUAUGGCUGCUACUGCGGUUUCGGAGGCUCUGGUGCACCUCUUGAUGAGCUUGACAGGUGCUGUCAGAUCCACGAUCAGUGCUAUAAUGAUGCCAUGCAGCAUGAUGAAUGCUGGCCCAUCCUGGACAACCCCUACACUGAAAUAUACAGUUAUCACUGUGAUAAGGCCAGCAGAACUGUCACCUGCCUGAGUGACAACAAUCCUUGCGAGACGUUCAUCUGCGAGUGUGACAGGAACGCAGCCAUGUGUUUCGCCAAUGCCCAAUACAGUCCAGAGAAUGUUAACGUUCCCAGUGACCGCUGCAAGUGAACUGAAGAGGACAUCUCGUCAUUAAAAAAGAAAAAAAAAUUUCAAUAAUACAAUGAUUGAAUACGAGUGCUAUUGUUUCCAUAGCUAUAGAUUUAUUUUCAAGAAAAGCCUAAAACAUGUGAAUGCAUAUUUCAUCCAUUUUUAUGACACACCAGAAUCAGUAACAUCCAUUUCCAUCAUUCUAGACUUCACCGCGCUAUACUGGGUCUGCCAUACUAGGUGUGUGUGAGUGUGUGGGGAAGGGGGUUUUUCAUGCCCUUUUUUCACAGAUAUAUCGGUAUGACUGCGUACACUCAGCAUCAUUCAGCAGUUUGCGUUUGCGUCUUUCAGAACCAUGAAGCUGCCCGCAGUCCUCUCCGUUCUCUCUGUAGUCCCAGUCGUCUGGCUGACCUUUAUCCCAGAACCUAAACACAACCAGAGGAGAAAUAUAUCACACAUAAUGCCGACUUCCUUCCUCCAGCAUUUGUUUCUGCCCUUCAUCUGUUUUUAUAUUUCUUUCAUAUUUCUCUUACAUUGGGGUUGAUCUUAAGUCAGUUCCAUCCACCCAGCUCCACUGUCCCUCAUGCUGUCGUUCCACGAGUCCGAUCCAGUAGUUAUGUCGGACUGGAAUAAUUUUUGAAAUGUAGUCCUAGAAUUUUAAAGAAUAAUUAUUUCUUAAACCCUUUAUUUAAGACUAUGUGUGCUUCCUAAUUGGGACAUUCACAGCAAGAUGACAUGAUGUGGAACUCACCAGUUCCUCCACAUUGUUCAGAACCAGCAGGUGUCCUCCGUGUGCUUUGCACAGAUCCUCUGCUUUGCUCCAGGUUACACUGGUGGUGGCUAGCAGGUAACAGUGACUCUGGUAAGACACCCAGCCUUCGGCACAUGUUCCUGUUAUGAGGAGGAUUGACACAUUUUGACUGUAAAAAUAAAAUUCUCAUAUGGAUGAUUUUAAAGCAUUCAGUUUAAUACCUCUAACUGGGCUGAGUUCCUCUAAGAAGACAUCGGUCACUGUUGUUUCACCUUAAAUAUGGAAAGCCACAAAAGAACGACAGCAGCUUGUGAAGAGGACUAAAAGGUCUUUGAGUUUAUCAUCAUAUUCAGUCCAGAUAUUAUUACUGUUUUUUUUUCCCAACCUGAACUGAGCGCUGAUGUUGUUCCUCCAUGGUUCAUUUUAUCAAGAUGCUGUUUGAUAUCAGUGAUUUCCUUGCUUAAAUGGGAGACUUUGAAAUGAGGAAACAAUAAAAAGAAAAUAUAUUUUUAUACAGUUAUAAAAUAAUAUAUGAAUGAAGGAGCUUUACUAGAUUGUGGCCAAUUUGGACUAAAGUCGUACAUUUGAUCCCAGUCACCAUCAGCAGAAUCAGCAGCAGCAGCACCAGGAGGCCAUAAAGCACAAAAAUCACUAUCCUCUUCAUACCUACAAACAAUGACCAACGUUUAAUCGCUGUAUAAGAUGAAAUUACUUGAUUAAAACCAAAUGACAUGAAAAUGUUUACCUGUCUGUGAGAGGAUUUUGGGUUCUUCAUGGACAGAGCUGCUAUCUGAUGAUCCAAACUGGUGAUACUG